GUCAUUAUUGUAUGUACAAACAUCUAUCCUUACAUUCUGAAAUGGGCAUGCAGCCGCAAAGCAGAUGCUGAGGUUGAAAAAUGUUGGGAAGCAUUCUCUGUUCUCAAGGGGAGGAUUAUUAGUCACGCUGACUCGGAUAAUGAAGGGCAAUUUCUGGAAGCAAUCGUCCUCUCACAAUCGCUGAAGACUGAGGAGAGUGACACAUGUAGAGGAGAGGACAUCAUGUCACUUAAUGAAGUGCCUCGAGAUCAUAGGUUUAUUUCGUAUAGAAAGCUGCAGUCAGAAGCAGCUGUAAACCUUCAAUCUCUCAUGGAUCAGACCACAUUGCCACAUAUUUCUGCUCAGAAUCUUCUAACGGUUUUAACAGUCCUGUGUACAAUUUCGCGGCGAAGGCCAGAAUACAUGGCACGCAUUCUUGACUGCCUUGAAGCACUUCACAUUAAUCUUCCACCCACUUUAGGAGCUAGUCAGGUAAAAUCAAUGCGAAAGGAAUUGAAAGCUCAUCUUUUACGGAUACUGAAGCACCAGUCUUCGCUUCCAUUACAUCUCAGGAUCACAACUUUAUUGACGGAUCUAGGAGCAUCUCAGAGUGAAAUAAAUCGAGCUAUGCCGUCGAAUAUAGCUGAGCUGAGACGGAAAGCAUCUAAGCGGCAGACCGCGGCGGAGGAGCCAGCCACAAAGAAGAAGGCUAGAGGGGAUGACGCAUCUGGUGUACCACUGGACGAUGAUGAUUACGGAGAUGACGAGCCAGGCGCUACGGAUGCAGGAGCUCCGAUACCGGACUCGGCCCAUCAGUCGGCUAUAGAUAUCACGGCUCAGUUCAUUUAUGAGCGCUUGAAUCCUAAGCUUGUCGCUAACCUUGUGCUCAUUUCUUUGGUUACAUUACCUGACGAAAUGCCAGCCGCAUUCGCUUCGAGUUUCACACAGAUUGCCACUGCGGGAACUGAGCAACAUCGACGUCAUCUCGCUCGCAGUAUGGCUACUCAGGCUACAGCACAAGAACUUGGUCCAGGUGCAGAACAAAUGCGCAAGGAGAAAUUGGCUAAGUUCAUGGAAAGACAGUCAGCUAGAAAGGACGGCGUCUUCAUUCCACCGACGCCAGCUGUUCAUGUUGGAGGUCAUCAAGGACCUAAGCCACCAUUAGUUCCCAUUGGAGCUCUGCCUGGACCGACACCGAUCCCCGCUGUCCCUAAGGUAAAGCAGCAGUUCAACAUUUUCACUGAUACAAGGCAGUUGUCGAGAGAAGAAAUGGAGGGACUCUUCGAAAGCUGCUUCCAUGCGAUUAUGAAGGCUGAGCUUUAUAUUGAUGUUUCUGGACAAAAGUUGUACCAAAAGCAAUACUUCCCUGUCAAACAAUUAUGUGUAGAUACGCUGAAGGAGCUGUGCUCCUUGAAAUAUAUGCACCAAGACUUGCGGUUAAAAUUGAUCGAACAGCUGAAUGAGUGCGCAUUACCAACGCCACCACCACACUUUGUCACAUACAGGAAUGUCACAGAAUUUGAUGAGCCCUUGUAUCGUAGUGGAAUCCACCUCUACUUGGCUGUACUUCCGUUGGAUACCUCUCUACUUCUGCCACUUGCGAAGGUUUAUACAAAGGCGUCAACACUUCUCAAGAAGAUCAUGCUGCGAUCCAUUGAGAAUUCUAUCAAAGCCAUAGGAAUGGACAAUAAGGAUAUGUUACAGUUGCUUGAGGAGUGUCCUGUAGGAGCAGAGUCUUUCGUUGCACGAGUCGUGCAUUUGCUAACUGAAAGACAAACAGCCACAAAAGAGGUGGUUGCUCGAAUGAAGAAAUUACACGAGACAAGAAAUACCGACGUACGAUCACUUAUUCCAAUUUUGAACGGUCUCGAUAAGGAAGAUAUUGUGCGGAUUCUUCCGCAAUUCAUUCUGAAAGCAGCUCAUCAAAAUUCUGUCGGUCUCGUCUUUAAACGGCUUCUCACGAGUAGAAACGUGGACACUGGUGAACCGACACUGACCACUCCAGAUCUGAUCUAUGAAUACCAUAAGGUUCAGCCUUCUACACCAGAGGAGUUCGAAGUGCAGUCUGCAAAUCUGCGGGAAUUAAUGGACGCCCGUGCGAUGACCAGGGAGACGGUUGCUGAUGGGAUUGAGCGGCUGAUGGAGUUGAAUCCACUUCCAGCUCUUUUCUACUGCACGUUGGUGAUUGUGUACAAAAAGUACCCAUCGUUGGAUAGUUUCCUUGGAAAUAUAGUGCAAAAGGUGAUAGCCAAGGAUCUUUCGUCUCGUGAUGAAAUUACACGGAAGGCGUUCUAUCGAGCACUCAACAGUCUCAAGACGGUAGCAUAUUCGGUAAGUGAAUGUCAUUUGGAGGAAUGA